ACAUAUUUCAAUUUGCUCUCCCGGCAAAGAGCCUGCUGUAAUUGUCUAGUAUCGCGUGCAAAUCAUCCGUCUCUCUCCAGUGUCGAUGCUGUUCCAUGCAGCUGAAUUGUCUUUCAUCGCGGCAUCACUCAUACGUGAGAAAGGCUCGUGCCGUUUGGGCAGCUGGCUCCUGCCCUGUUGCCUUUGGUCAGGUCGAUGCCCCGGAGGUCAGCCCUACGUUCCGGACUUUCAAAUGACUUCGUGGCUCUGAGGGAAGCUGUUGUUUGACAUGCUGUAGGUGUUUUUUUCUUUUAGACUCUAAAAAUUAAUCGCGAUUAUAUAAACAGCGUUUAGCCUUAACACAAGUGAUUCGUUUUAAAAGACUGGCUAGAAAUUUGGUUUGUUAACCAAUUUGUAAGUAUUGUUUGAAAUCACCAAAACCUGAAAAAUCAGGUACUCGGAGUUACAACAUUUUUAAUCGGGAGUUCAGGCUGGUCACCUUGCUGUUCGCAAUGAUGGACAUCAGUGAAGUGAAUUCUCUUUCCUUAGAAGAUUUUCUGGAGAUUUUUGGCAACGUUGUGGAGAAAUGUCCGUUCGUUCCAGCGGCAGUGUGGUCAGCGAGACCCUUCGCCACUCUGGCUGACAUGGAAGCUAAUAUCGCAGAGCUCAUCGACAGCCUGCCAACAGCCGGUAAGGCAGGCAUCCUGCGAUGCCACCCGGACUUAGCCGGCCGGGACCUUCAGAGUGGGACCCUGACGGUGGAAUCGGAGCAGGAGCAGGCGGCAGCCGGCCUGCGCUCGCUGGAGCCCACAGACGCCACCAGUCUGCGACGCCUCAACCUGCAGUACAAAGAGCGUUUCGGCUACCCGUUCGUCAUCUGCGCCCGUCUAAACGACAGAGCAGCCAUCCUGCGGCAGUUGGCCGAGCGGCUGGCCAACGAGCUCCAGCGGGAACUGCCUCUGGCCAUAGAGGAGGUGAAGAAGAUCUGCUGCCUCCGGCUACGCAGAAUAGUAGCGUCUGACAGCAAGCUCUGACUGGUGGCUACGCAGAAUAAUGCACAGGAAACGUGAACAAACUGACGAGACGUAUCAGCAUGUGCCCAUCAAAUACCCCGAAACCAGAAUAAAAGUCCUAAUUUCA